AUGGCUACAAAUCUGGUGCCCAACGAGUUGGCCUCGAACCACGACAUCUCCGGGACCCUCCAACUGUCCACUUCCCAGUUCUCCCAGAUCCUGGAAUCCAUCCAACGGACCCAGCCGGUAAAAGAAGGAAGUUUUGCGAAAUGCACAGCGCGUUUCGACGGAAACAGCAAUCACGCAAAAGUUGUCGAAAUCAUUGCGACAAUAUCCAUUUUCAAGGAUAUUGAAUUCAUUUCGGACGAGAAUGCCCUUCGAGGACUGCCGUUACUUUUGGAAGGAUAUGCAACAACAUGGUGGCGAGGCGUUCAACCUACCGUAAGGACAUGGGAGGACGCAAUUGAUGCAAUUCGCGCCACCUUCGCACCUCGACGACCAGCAUAUCAGAUUUAUAUGGAAAUAUUCCGGCAUUCUCAAGAUGCGAAGACCGCAACCGACCUGUUCAUCAGUAAGAAGAGCCAUCAUCGCAGAACUCCCUGA